AUGAGAGGCAUUGCUGGCAGCCGAGUACGAUUGGCCUAUGAACUUCACAAGGAGAGCGGACACAAUAAGCCAACGCGUCAAGCCGACCGUGCGCCUCCGAUCCUGUUCCUUCAUGGAUUCUUGGGCUCCAAGCGGGAGAACCGCCAAGUGAGCAAAAAGCUCGCCAGAGAUCUGUCGCGAGAUGUUUACGCGUUGGAUCUAAGAAACCACGGCGAUUCCGACCAUCAUCCCAGCCAUGAUUACUCGGAGAUGGCAUCAGACGUUGAGUCUUUCAUGAAUCAGCACAAGCUCGGACCGGCCACGUUAAUAGGCCAUUCCAUGGGCGCAAAGGCUGCAUUAACCCUCGCACUUCAUUCGCCAAGUCAAGUCGCCCAUGUCAUCGCGGUCGACAAUGCGCCCAUCAAGCAACCCGUGGGACCCGAGUUCUCAAGAUACCUUGAGAGUAUGGCCGAAGUUGAACGGAAAAGCGUCCAAACCCACGCCGACGCCGAUGAGAUUUUCCGACACCGCAAACUGGAAGCACCGAUACGUCUCUGGCUGUUGAGUAAUUUCGUUCAGGAAAAGAACUCGCGGGCCCUCAAGUCACGCGUUCCUCUGGACAUCUUACAGCAGGCCAUUGAACCUUUGGGUGACUUCCCGUACUGCCCCGGAACCACAAAAUACCAAGGACCGUCUCUCUUCCUUCGAGCUCUCCAGAGUCAAUUCAUUCCACAGAACGCGUUGCCUCAGAUCUUGGAAUUGUUUCCUCGAUCGGAGGUUGUCAAUCUGGAUUGCGGGCAUUGGAUUGUACAGGAGAGGCCUCAGGAGUUUCAGAAAGCACUGAUUCCACGCGGCGCCCUCGACACGCCGCUGGCUCAUCAGGGGUCUACAGUACCUGCAGAACACGACAAGAAGCGUGACUGA